AUGACGUACGGCUGUUUAAUUGGUCAGCUACGGACGAAGACAGUUUUGGCAGUAUGGCUCCAAAGAAGCCUCAAGGAGUUGGCACUCCAGACCGCAAUACAGGAGUGGUCUCGAGCAGCACAGGCAGAGGAAGAAGUCCAAGUCACUGGGGAUAUCCGUACAGUGGAGACACUCUUGCGACAAUUCAUCGCUGUGCAGGAAGACAAAGACCAACGAUUGGAACAGCGAUUCAAAAGUCUGCAGCACCAGUUUGCCCAGCUACAGGGACAGGUGAAUUUGGUGCAACAGUCGCAGUCCUCCAAUCCUGAUGAAUCUGUAGAAAGAAGUAGAGGAGCCUCAGCAAGAACUUGGGAAUACCCUCGUCUGAUGCCCUUCCAGGAGCCCGAGGACAUAGAACAUUACCUUUCAACAUUCGAAAGGGUGGCUACAGUGUGUGACUGGCCAAGAGCAGAUUGGGCAAUCCGUCUUGUUCCUUUACUUACAGGAGGGGCCAGGGCGGCAUUUUUGGCCAUGCCAGUAGAGGAGUCCCUGAUCUAUGACUCAUUAAAAGCUGCCAUCCUAGAGAAGUACGAGAUCAGCACCGAAACGUACAGGGUGAGGUUCCGUUCUCUCGAAUGGGAGGAAGGUCAGUCUCCUAAAGAACUUCUGACACUGUUGAAAGAAUUAUGCACUAAAUGGUUACAACCCCAGAAACACUCAAUAGACCAGAUAAUUGACUUUAUUCUGUUAGAACAACUUUUGCAGGUAUUUGAUAUUAAAAUCCGUACAUGGGUAGAGGAGCAUCGGCCAAAGACUUCCAAAGAAGCAGCGGAGCUGGCUGAGGUAUUCCUGGCUGCCCAUCGUCCAAGGAACCUGCGGAAGGAGGAUAAAGUCAUUCAGAGGCCCAGAACAACAGCUAAGCCCACAGUUGCAGGAAAAAUUCGCCAACCUGUCGCAGUUUGUUAAAGCAAAUAUGGAAAACGCACAAGCCAAGCAGAAAGCAUGGUAUGACAAGGCAGUCAGAGACCGGAAACUUACAGUUGGACAGAAGGUACUGUUAUUAUUGCCUACUUCAGAGAGCAGUCUUUUAGCCAAGUGGCAAGGGCCAUACACAGUAGUUGCUCAAAAAGGUCCUGUCACUUAUGAGAUUGAUAUGCCUGAUCACCCUAGGAAAUUAAGGCAAACUUUUCAUAUUAAUAUGCUGAAGCCAUGGCAGGAA